UCCAGUGCUUCCAGGUUUCCAAAGGUGGUCUAACAUCAAUUGAUUCAUGAUCUCAACCAAAAACUUAACAAUCUCCACAACCCCCAUACUGAUAAUCUCCACAACCCCUAAACUGAUUGUUACCAUGUGCUCACUAGUGACUAGCUUCGUGAGAAAAUUCUCAGAGUUCUGGUGAGAAGCCGUAACCAGUGGAGCUAAUCCGUGUCGGGUAGAAACAGGUAUUUACCUCAGUACAAUGGAAGAUGGUCGCGCAAUUUCGUGGAUUGGUUGAUGUUAGACACUAACACCAUUAGAUACCGGCUCAGUGGUUCAGUAGGUUAAGCGUUCGCACGUGAGACCGAAGGCUCUUGGUUCGAAUCCCGCGAGCGGGAUCGUGGGUGCGCACUGUUGAUGAGUCUCGCAAUAGGACGAAAUAGCCGUCCAGUGCUUCCAGACUUUCAAUGGUGGUCUAACAUCAAUCUGUGCAUGAUCUCAAUCAAAAACUUAACAAUCUACUCAACCCAUAAACUGAUAAUUAAUGUUAAUAGUUAAAGUCAAGGUCAUUUUCACUAUUCCCCCCCUACAUACACAUAAGAGUAUUAUUUGAAAUAACAUGAUAAACAAAAUUCACAGAUUAUGUAUUAUAGCCAAUUAAAUUAAGCGUAAAAUACAAUGAAUUCAUCACAUAUGUUCAUUUGUUUAUCCCCAUUUACUAUCACUUCAUGUUAAUCAACCCCAUUGUAUGAUCACUAUUUUAUACAUUUUUGGCCUAGAUACUAAUAAUCACAAUAAUUCAAGUGAAUUUCAUAUUUAACCAGUAAUUUAUUUUCAUUAAUGAAUUAGUCAAAUGAUGUCUUACUUAUGGGUUAUUAACAAUUCUGUUUCUUUAUUUUCCUACUUCUUUAUUUUUCAUUUUAAGUAAAAUGAGUGAUUCAACUGACAGAAUGCACAUGUAUAUACAUAUGUACAUACACGAAGAAGCAAAUUAUACUACUACCAAUACUACUACUACUACUACUACUACUAAUAAUAAUAAUAAUAAUAAUAAUAAUAAUAAUAAUAAUAAUACAGAAAAUAUUCAGAAAAAAUCAACAAUUUACACAUCAAAUAGAAAGAGAUUAUCCGAAAAUGUAUAAGCAAUGUUCCAUUAUGACUCAAGCGAUUAUGAAAUGAUCAUGACUAAUUGAAUUGUGACAGUAUAUACAUAUAUACAUGUUACGAAGAGUUUAUUUUCUAUUUCACAAGUAUAUCUAAGAUACUAUCGGCGG